UGCAGGUGGUCAGGGUCCAGUCAGAAGGGACUUGCUGGGACGGGGGGAGAAAGGACCCCUUCAACUGGGAAAGGAACACUGGUUAGUGGGCGGCACGUCCCAGUGUAAUCUGUCAAACACAUCUCCGGGCCAGUUUUACUUAUACAUCUCGCGGGGGGGUGGGGGGUGCGACCCAGUGACCUUCCAGUUCCUGAUUACUAGGAAGUUAACCCCGGUACAGGACUUCAGCUUAGACAGCGCUUUGACAGGCUGUGUCUUUUUUAAUCCUCUUGUCCCCAGACGAGGCGGUGGAGAUGUGUCAGCGGUCAAUUGUUUACUCUGCACACAUUCCGAAGAGGAAACUGUACCCCUACACGGGACAUUAACUCUACAGGACCUCUCCGCUCCGGGUUGCCAACUCUGUCGCGGCCCCCCUUCGGACGAAGGCGCUGCAGCACAGCUCUUCCCGCGAAAUGCUGCCCAGCCCCGAGCUGGUGCGUCAAUGCUACGCGCAACGCCUCGCCUGGCCCUACGUCAUUCGUCUGCGACUGCGCCUGCGCGGGUGGUCAUGCUGUCAGCUAGGCAGCUGGGGCAGGUUCUGCUAGGGCUGCGGCGCUUCGGGAGGUGGCCGGGGCUCGGGACCUGUCGAUUCCUGCGCCGCCUUAGGCAAGGUCCCUUCGACAGAGCCCGGUUACUGGGUUGCGAAUCCUCGCCUAGAGACGCGCAAAAUGAAGAGGGAGAGCACGAGGAGGCACAGAGGAAAGCCCCAGACGCAGAGUCGUCUCCAUCUCUCCCACGCGUCCGGGGACUUGGGACCAAAUGUCUUUCCUCACUGGAAAGAUUGAAACCCCCGACGCCGCGAGAGGAGUCAGUUCCUCAAGAGCGGGAGUGCUCGAGUGGAGACGAAGGCCAGCCCGGUCCCUCCUUGGCCCAGUCUGCCACCGAGGACGAAGAACCUCACAUCUCCUCUUCCUGGUCAACUUCCAGAGAGGUGCCUUUUCGGACUGGGGAGCUGAUUUUAGCUGAGACUAGAAAGAGAGAAACACAAUUUAAAAAAUUAUUUAGGCUGAGUAACGCCGGACACUUAAAUAGUAGCUGGGGGACAGUCCCAUUCAGGGAGAUCGUGGGGAAGUUCCCCGGCCAGAUACUGAGGAGUUCUGCUGGUAAGCACUUCAUGCUGAGGAGGCCGACACUGGAGGACUAUGUAUUACUGAUGCAAAGAGGGCCUGCUAUCACAUAUCCAAAGGAUAUGAAUAUGAUACUGUUGAUGAUGAAUAUCCACCCAGGUGAUACUGUUUUGGAAGCUGGCUCGGGCUCUGGUGGAAUGAGUUUAUUUCUAUCCAAAGCAGUUGGAUUGCAAGGACGAGUCAUAAGUUUUGAAAUACGAAAAGACCACCAUGAACUGGCUAAGAAGAAUUACAAACACUGGCGUGAUUCAUGGAAAAUGAGUCAUGUAGAAGAGUGGCCAGACAACGUGGAUUUUAUUCAUAAGGAUAUUUCAGGAGCAGCUGAAGAUAUACAGUCUUUAACAUUUGAUGCGGUAGCUUUGGAUAUGCUGAAUCCUCAAGUUGCUUUGCCUAUUUUAUACCCAAAUCUUAAACAGGGUGGUAUAUGUGCUGUCUAUCUAGCAAACAUCACACAGGUUAUUGAACUUUUAGAUGGAAUUCGUGUAUGUGAACUUGCCCUUUCAUGUGAAAAGAUAAGCGAAGUUAUUGUCAGAGAUUGGUUGGUUUGCCUUGCAAAACAGAAAAAUGGACUUUUAGCUCAAAAAGUGGAACCUAAAAUCAACACAGAUUUACAAUCACAUUCUCAAAAGAAAAUUAGAAUUGAAGGUGAGAUGUUUCAAGAGGAUGAUCACGAAGAAUCACCUUGUGAUUUUCCCUAUGGAUCAUUUCCCUAUAUUGCUAGACCUAUACACUGGCAAACUGGUCAUACGGCCUUUCUUGUCAAGUUGAGGAAGUGCAAACCACAACUUAACUGAGUACCUCAGAUGACAACUGAUUUGAAGACAGAUAUAUAUUAAAAUAAAACUUUAUAUUACAAAUCACUACUUUUGUAGGUUGGUAUUUUUAGCUAUUACUAUGAUUUGUGUAACUUUUACAUGUAAUCUUGAAAAAGUAACAAAAGCUCAAGAAAGAUGUGUAACAUUUCAAAACUCCUUAAAUGUCCCAUUUUGACACUUGUCUUGCAGUUAGACAUUUUGUAGUUAAUGAUUCCAAGUUGGUUUAGUUGAGCCAUCUCAUUCUUCACUUCCUGUAAACCACUCCAUAGAUUUGUCUUUCUUCAUGAAAUUAGUUUUCUUUUCUUUGUUUGAUUGAUGGUCAUUGGCUACCAAAAUAAAAUAUGCACUUUAAGAUAAAUUUUAUGUACCUGUGUAUUUUAAAUACAUAUUUUAAUGGCUUGUAUGUAUCUUAAAAAAUAACAAAUCUGGGUUAUAGUAAAUAAUAGGGAGAAAAUUGAUAAGAAUGAUAUAACUGUCUUAAAAAUUAUAACAAAAAAGUAACAAUUCUUGAAUCUUUUAUUCUUCUCAGCCUCAUUUUAACAAUUUGAAAGAACAUCAGAAUUAUUCUAUUGUUAUAGAAAUUGAAUGUUUGGAAAGAUACACUUUAUAAAUAUGAAUUAAAUAGGACUAGGGCUUAUGAGUAUUCAUAGGCACCAGUUUAACAUUUACCUUACAUUGUUUUAAGAAGUUUAUAAUGUCUUUUCAUUUAAUAUGUAUAGCUCAUCCUUAAGGUUAUCCAUGUUUUACAGAUUAACAAAAGCUUAUAGUUAUUAUUUAAAUAUAGAUGUUUUACAGUUUUGAAGUAGUAGUACCUGGGAGGGUAAAUGCUACUUACCCCUUAGACUAGGAGUAUUUAAAAUAAUACAUGUAUUCUAACUAACACUGUACAUAUUUUUCACUAUGUGGAAAAAUUUCAUCUAAAAUCUCUGCCUUUUUACAGCUUAUAGCAUAGCUAGACAUUAAAUAACCACACAAAUAUAAAACUAAAACUGAUUGAAUCAUAAGUAGGGUAGUCUUCUGGUACCAUUCCUAUAAAAUAUCUGAACACUCAUACAACAAUAAUGGCUUUAAAAUUUUCAUGACAUUUCUAGACAUAUAGAAGCUCUCACAUUUUAAAAUUCCAUCAUGGAAUACUCCCCUUUCUUCUAUUUAACUGCUAGUGAAAUUCUGCCCUUCAUUUAUCUUUUUUGAAUGCAGGCCCUGGAAAAGGGGUUGGCUGCAGAGCAAAGAAAGGUUGUGCCUUCUCCUAUUUCACAUAGAAAAGUUUGUGUUCAGUACACUGUGCUUUGUAGAUGUUGCAUUGAAUAAAACCUAACAGUGUCCAUUUCUAAUACUGAGUUGAAAACCAAACUACAUAGGCAAAUAAACAUUUAUUUAUAUAGUUAUCAAAGUCCAGGUUAAGCCCUUUAUCCAUCUCUCCACUGAAUACUAAGCAUGUUUACAAUCUGGCUUGUGGGACAGAUGCCUUCUUCUAAAGUUAACUUUCUAUGUUCAUGUCUGGCUCUCAUUUACCAUAAUAUAAACUCCAAGAGAUCUGUGAUUGAGUCAAAGCUGUAUUCCCAGUAACUUCCAGAGGCACUGACUUUUUUUUUUUUUUUUUUUUUUUUUUUGUCUUUUAGGGCCACACCACACCCUCAGCACAUGGAAGUUCCCAGGCUAGGGGUUAAAUCAGAGCUGUUGCUGCCUGCCUAUGCCACAGUCACAGCAACAUGGGAUCUGAGCCGCAUCUGCAACCUAUACCACAGCCCACAGCAAUGCAGAAUCCUUAACCCACUGAUCAAAGCCAGGGAUCAAACCUACAACCUCAUGGAUGCUAGUCAGGUUCGUUACCAUUGUGCCACCAUGGGAACUCCCAGAGAGCCUGACUUUUUCACUCAAUAAAUGGUCAGUAAAAUUUACAAUGGCUCAGAGUCUACACUGGAUCAGAUGUUGUUUCAUCUGUUGACUUGGUUGUUCUAGGGGGAAAUUUUAGUACAUAGCUUGUGGAUUUCUGGAAGACCUUGAGUUUGAACUUUAUAUGUCAGAGUCAGUAGGGAACUUCUGAAAGUUUCCAUGAUCAUGUAAAAGGAGGUAUUUUUUAAAAGUUAGUCUGUUGGUGGUAUCUGAGUAUUUAAAGGAAGGGAAAAACUAUUAGAUCAGAAACUUCAUAGUAAUACAUAGUGUACAGCUAUGAAGUGAUUGGUAGUAAUAUACAACAAGGAGGUGUGGAAAGGGGGCAGAUGUAAAAAAAUAUUGUGAAGGAAGGACCAGACAAGCUGAUGGUUGAUUGGAUGGAGAGGGAGUGAAGCUAUAUAUAUUCAAACUUUCAUCCACUGUUCAGAAGCCCUUUCCCUUGUUUCUCUGGGCAAAACAGGAUUCAGUCAAUGCCCAGCUCAUAACUUACUUCCUUAGAGAAGACUUUACCAUGUCUCUCACCCUACAGAAUUAAUUCUGUAAUCUUUUGCAUUGAUCAUAUCAUUAGCACUGCCCUUAUCACAUCAUUAAUUGAUAAGCCCUGAUUAUAUCUUCAUUAAGGAUUUUAAACUGGGAUGACUGAAACAGUGAUAAUAACAAAAGUAAAGUUCAGAGAGGAUUUCUUUUUAAGGAAAAAUUAUUUGAUUUUAGAUUAUAUAACAGUUGGAAUGUCUCAUGCCUGACUACAUGACCCAA